AUGGAGCCUGGCUUGCGCACCCCUCCCGCCGACCAGCUCUCCCCACCUCCCUCUGACGCCUCAGACGAUGAGCUGAGGCACCAGGCUGCCGUACCGUCAAGCGGCGGCAAGAAGAGGGUUCCCAACAAGUGGGAGAAGCAAGGCGAGAAGCAUGCCGACUCCGCCAUCCCCGACGACUAUGUCACUCGCACCCUCGAGCGAGAGCCUCCUCUGCCACCCAUUCAGUGGAAGAACAUCUUCAGCGAGAUCCAGUGGGUUUCCUUCAUCGUCCUUACUUCCACUCCACUUCUCGCCCUCUACGGCAUGUUCACCACUCCUCUCCAGUGGAAGACGUUUGCGUGGUCCGUCGUCUACUACUUCUUUACUGGUCUCGGUAUCACGGCUGGCUACCACCGCCUGUGGGCCCACCGUAGUUACACUGCUUCUCGCCCUCUCGAGUACUUCCUUGCCCUCAUGGGCACUGGCGCUGUUCAAGGCUCUAUUCACUGGUGGGCUCGUGGCCAUCGUGCUCAUCACCGCUACACCGACACCGACCUCGACCCCUACGGGGCUCACAACGGUCUCCUAUGGUCGCAUCUGGGCUGGAUGAUUGUCAAGCCUCGCCGCAAGCCCGGUGUUGCUGACAUCUCGGACUUGCGCCGCCACCCUGUCAUCAAGUUUCAGCACAAGUUCUACCUGCCUCUGAUUGCCAUCAUGGGCUUCAUCUUCCCCACCGUCGUUGCUGGUCUCGGAUGGAAUGACUGGCGCGGUGGAUUCUUCUACGCCGCCGUCGCUCGCCUCGUCUUUGUCCACCACUCGACGUUCUGCGUCAAUUCUCUCGCCCACUGGCUCGGCGAGGCUAGCUUCGACAACAAGAUGACUCCUCGUGACCACUUCAUUACCGCACUCGUCACGGUAGGUGAGGGCUACCACAACUUCCAUCACCAGUUCCCCAUGGACUACCGCAAUGCCAUCAAAUGGCACCAGUAUGACCCUACCAAGUGGUUCAUCGGUACCAUGAAGGCUCUCGGCCUUGCAUCGCACCUCAAGACGUUCCCCGACAACGAGAUCAGGAAGGGUCAGCUUGCCAUGCAGCUGCAGCACGCUCACGAAGUUCAGGAGAAGCUCGAAUUCCCCAAGAGCGCCAACGAUCUGCCCGUCGUCUCGUGGGAGGAGUUCAAGGAGGAGUCGAAGAAUCGUCCCCUCAUCUGCGUCAGCGGCUUCAUCCACGAUGUCUCGUCCUUCCUCGACGAGCACCCGGGCGGUCGUCACCUCCUCGCAGCCCGUCUCGGCCAGGAUGCUACGUCGGCGUUCAACGGCGGUGUCUACGACCACAGCAACGCAGCCCACAACCUUCUCUCGAUGAUGCGCGUUGGUGUCCUCGACGGUGGCUACCAGCUCGCUGAGCUCGAGAAGGUCGAGGGCGAGGUAGAGCAGACGGAGAUCAAGUCGUCGCUCCUCAACGACCAGCUCAGGGGCGAGCUGACGCAGCGCAAGAACAAGAACAUCUCGCCCAAGGCUGCCGCCUACGUCGUACCCGGUCAGGCCUAUCACAUCGACAAGCGCGCAGAGCUCAAGGCCAACGUGCGCGACACGUCUGGCCGAGUGGGCAGGAUCUUCUGA